AUCCAGACAAGUGAAGUAGCCACUGCUGUGCAGUGCAGUGCAGUGUGCCCUGGGCUCACGGGCUCAGUCGGCUGUGCGUAGCAGUGGCUAUGACAUCUACAAAUCAACUGAAGGGAAGAGCCUUUCACUGCACUGUAUCAGUAGGUGAUUCACUGUAUGUGUGGGGUGGUGCUCAGGACGGUUUACCUGGAGUACAUGAUAGUGUAGAGAAGAGAAGGAUCACUAGUAAUAUACGGCACUUUACUCCUUCAACUGGUCAAUGGAUCACUAGAGGUACUACUGGUACUCCUCCAUUAGGAGUGAGAGCAUACUGCUGUACUGCAAUAAAUGAUCAAUUGUAUUAUUUCGGGGGCUAUUGUGGCCAUGGUGACUGCUAUCACAACAGUAUUACACAACUGGAUACCGUUAGUCUUCAAUGGAGAGAAUUAGAACCAACUGAUGCAACUAGACGAGUUAUGAGGAGAGGUGGUGGUGGAAUGAUAUCAUUUGAACAUGAUGGAGUACACCAUUUACUAAUGAUAGGAGGAAUGGGAUCUAAACCAGCUGUACAACUACCUCAUUAUAAAUAUAUUGAGUUAUCUGAUGGAAACUGGCGUACUAAUGAGCACUCAAUGUAUAAUCAAUCAUCAAGAAAAUGGAAUAAUCCUUCAAUCAUUGGUCAGUGUAUACCACCUGCUAGUAGCUUCGUCAUUGAAAUGAUUAACAACACUAGAGCUGUUCUGUUUGGUGGAGUAGAGACUGAUGAUGAUGCUAAGGAUACUAGAACUAACAAUAUUUAUAUAUUAGAGAUAUCAAUCAGCACUGUGUUUUGGCAGUAUAUAAAGAAACCUGAAGCAAUAGACCAAUGGCCUGUGGGUAGAUGGUUUCAUGCUGGUGCUAUUAUUAUAACUGGAUCAGACUGUCCUAUGCUAGUGAUAAGUGGUGGGUUGGAUAAGAAUGCUGAUACAUUACAUGAUUGUUGGAUCUUCAACAUCACUCAAUAUUCCUGGAUAAAGUUAGCUGUACCUCACUCUGUUAAUAAGAGAAGGUCUCAUUCUCUCUCAGUGUUCAUUAUGAGUCCUCAUUGUGUCUGGAUGAUAACUGCUGGAGGAAGCGUUGAUAAGAGAUUGACAUUAGUCACUAAUCCUAACAUUGUUAUGCUAACUGAACUAGUUACUACUAACAGUAAAGGAGAGUGGACAGUAAGUGAUACAUUAGAUACCAAUGGUAUGAAUUAUGAAGAAUACAAGAAGAAGUAUCAGCAGCAAUUACAGACAAGAAGAAGAAUAUGGUUGGAGGAGUACCAGAAACCAAGAAAAGGAGAUACAGCCAAUAUUGAGCAAACCGUACAAGCUCUUAUGAAGAGUCUUGAAGAGAAGAAGAGAGAAGCACAAGUUUAUCAUCAACAAUUGGAGCAGAAGGAAAGAGAAGAAGCAGAGAAAGAUCAAGAAAUAAGAAGAUAUCGUUAUCAGCUACAAGAGAAGGAUAGGGAGCUACGUCAGUCUCAAGAGGCAGUUCGUAGGUACCAGCAACAAGCACUUACUGAUGAUCACUGGGUUAUUAAUAAAGAUGAGGUGACUUUGACAGAGGAGGAGUUAGGAAGAGGAUCUUAUGGUGUCGUUACAGUUGGUAUCUUUAGAGGUUUAAGAGUAGCUGUCAAGUCACUUCAUACUCUCAUUAUCUCAAAUUACAAUCGAGGUCUCUUCUCCAGGGAAAUGAGUAUAGCAUCACGAGUACGUCAUCCUAACCUGGUCCAGUUUAUUGGUGCAACUAAAGUGGGUAAACCUCUCAUCUUGACUGAGCUGAUGAGGACUAGUCUUUAUAAAAGGCUUCAGGAGACUGAGUUAAGCACUCAACAGAUUGUGAGUAUUGCUCAAGAUGUAGCUUUAGGCCUCAACUACCUUCACCUGUUUAAGCCUCAGCCUAUUAUUCACAGAGAUGUGAGCAGUCCUAACGUAUUAUUAAAGCCUUGCACUGGAGCUGCUGGUUAUGAAGCUAAAGUAGGAGAUUAUGGUACAGCUAAAUUGCAACAAGGCACUAGUACUGGUAGUGGUACUGUUAUGCCAGGCAAUCCAGCAUAUGCUGCACCAGAAGCUCCUAUUCCUGAUUAUCACAGUCCAGCAAUGGAUGUGUACAGUUACUCUGUUCUCCUUAUGGAAAUGACUUUGUGUUCUCCCCCAGAAAUGACGACAGGAGAGAGAGAAGUACAAUCUGGUAGUGUGUCCUGGUCUGAUAUGAAGUCUCUCAUACAAAGAGGACUUAAUGCUAAUCCUAGAGCUCGUCCUACUAUGGCUCAAGUAAUAGAGUCAUUGAAAAGGAUGAAGAUUUGAUUAAUUGUUUGUAUUUUUAAUAUUCUAAUUAUUAGUGCUGCCUUUUAGUUAGUUUUCUAUUAUUUGGACUUAGUAUAAUUAUGUGUAUUUUCUUAAUUUGCUUUUCUUGAGUUAAUGUUGUAUUAACUCUAAA